CUUUUUGUCACCUCGAGUGUGUUUCAAACAACGGAACCUGAACCUAAUUGCUUCGACAACCAAAAUUCCCACCACUUUGAUGUUCCUAUACAAACACCCAAGGGAAUAGAGCCCAAUUAACCCUUUCAGAAUACCUACGUACAUAGGUACGACCACUACGCUACAGAGCCAAACACCACUCGAGCCCCGACAAUGUCCGAUGUCAAGGCCAAUGCCGAGGCCCUUGUGCCCAAGUUCAAGUUCGAGCGCCAAUUGAACCAAGACCAAGCCGGCCGCCGCACCACCCUCCUGGGCACCAUCGACUCCUCACCGGCCCUACUAAUCCUCGAGCGCGCUCCCUUCCCAACCUCAACCGACUACCUCUCCUCCGCGCCCCUUACCCUCCGCACGCUCAAGAACCUCGGCGCCAACGAUAUUUACCACUGGUACAUGGCCAGCAGCGGCAGCAGCAGCACCAACUGUAAUGACCCCGAAAAAGACAACGACGACGACGACAACGAACAAGCCGACGAUUUCUCCGACCUCAAAAUCAACCUAAUCUACCCCUGCACGCCCAAACACAUCGCCAAAUACUCCCGCCAAUUAGUCCGCUACGUGACCGAGACGCCCGCCCUCUACCAGUCGCACGUGCGUCCCUAUAUGCAAGCGCAGCGCGAAGCCGGCCGGCUGAACUGGGUCUUCAACAUCAUCGAGGGCCGCAAGGAAGUCGAGGACGUCAUCUACCGCACGCCCUUUGGCCAAGACGCGGACGACGAAGGGUUUUUGUUGCUGCCGGAUCUGAACUGGGACCGCAAGACGCUGGACGCGCUACACCUGUUGGGGCUGGUGGAACGGAGAGAUCUCUGGAGCUUAAGGGACCUCAAGAAGAAGCAUGUGCCGUUCUUGAGGCACAUGAAGAGGAAAUUCGUCGAGGCCACGACCAAGGUGUACCCACAGAUUGAGGAGGACCAGCUGAAGCUUUAUGUGCACUACCAGCCUACGUAUUACCACUUUCACAUUCACAUUGUGCAUGUGCAGCUGGAGGCAGGGGCGACGCAGGCGGUGGGCAAAGCGGUGGGGUUGGAUAGUAUCAUUGAAACGUUGGAGGUUAUGGAGGGGGAUGGGGAGGCUGGCAUGGAGAAGUUGACCAUGUGCUAUACGCUUGGGGAGGAAAGUGAUUUGUGGAAGGAUGUUUUUGGGCCGUUGAAGAAGAAGGAGAAGGAGCAGCAGCAGCAGCAGCAGCAGCAGCAGUAGCAGCAGUAGCAGCAAAAAGAGGAGGGGGGGAAACUAAAGAAGUGAAUCACGGUGAC